GAGCUCUUCUGAAAAUUGACGUCACGCAAACGCCAUUUUGUAAAGUGUCUGCUGUAGUCAGUUUUUUGGGCACAGUGUAAAAUACAAAAUUCGCAUGGUUUUGUGUACAUUUAAAACAUAAAGACAAUCAAAAUACCCAGUUAACGUCUAGUACGUUAAUUCCACAGACACAAAGCAUGGAGGACAAGGCGUCGUUAAAAGAACUGGAUCAAUGGAUAGAACAACUAAACGAAUGCAAGCAAUUGACAGAAAAUCAAGUAAAAACGUUAUGCGACAAGGCAAAGGAGAUCCUCACCAAGGAGUCUAACGUGCAAGAGGUGAAAUGUCCGGUGACGGUGUGCGGGGACGUGCACGGCCAGUUCCACGACCUGAUGGAGCUGUUCCGCAUCGGAGGCCGCUCGCCCGACACCAACUACCUGUUCAUGGGCGACUAUGUCGAUCGCGGAUACUACAGCGUCGAGACGGUCACAUUGCUCGUCGCGCUUAAGGUUAGAUACCGCGAGAGAAUAACAAUCCUGCGCGGCAACCACGAGUCUCGCCAGAUCACCCAAGUGUACGGCUUCUACGACGAGUGCCUGCGGAAGUACGGCAACGCGUCCGUGUGGAAGCACUUCACGGACCUGUUCGACUUCCUCCCGCUGACUGCGCUGGUGGACGGCCAGAUCUUCUGUCUGCACGGAGGGCUGAGUCCGUCUAUAGACACGCUCGACCACAUCAGGGCGCUGGAUCGCCUCCAGGAAGUGCCGCAUGAGGGUCCUAUGUGCGAUCUCUUGUGGAGCGACCCCGAUGACAGAGGCGGAUGGGGUAUAUCGCCGCGCGGCGCCGGCUACACCUUCGGGCAAGACAUCUCGGAGACGUUCAACCACAGCAACGGGCUGACGCUGGUCUCGCGGGCGCAUCAGCUCGUCAUGGAGGGAUACAACUGGUGCCACGAUAGGAACGUCGUCACUAUAUUCUCAGCGCCCAAUUACUGCUAUAGGUGUGGUAAUCAAGCUGCCAUUAUGGAAUUGGAUGAUGCGCUUAAGUACUCAUUCCUUCAGUUCGACCCGGCCCCGCGACGUGGCGAGCCGCAUGUCACACGGCGGACGCCCGAUUACUUCAUGUAGGCUGCAACGGAGGCGCACACCAAGCAGGAGUGUCGGGCGGGCGCGGGCGCGGGUGCGGGCGCGGGUGCGGGCGCGGGCGCGGCGCUGCGGCGCAGGCGUGCGGCGGGCGCGCGCCACGCGGGCCGACACGCGCCGCUGCGCGAGCGCACGCGCCGCCUCGAGAGCUUGCUGCGCGUGGCGCAGUGGCUCGCCAACGUGUGACCCACCGCGCGCCACCUGCCACGCGCCACGCACGCGCCACACGCCCGCCACGCUCCCGCCUCCACGCGGCACCACCUCCGUCACCCCGAUCCUUCUCUGUGUAAAUGUAUCAACUUGCGUCACUUUGCUAGCCUGAUCGAUAUCUGUUCGCGACUCUACGACUGUCUCCAUUGCGUAUGGCGUCAAUCAAAUGUAUUGUAAUAGUGAAUACGACAUGUACAAAUAAAGAAUGGAACACGAAAUGUCAACAUUUUUUAUUUACCAUCUUUAAAAUAAUAAAAUUUGUGUGUGUGAAGGAUAAAAAAAUGUUGCCAUUUUGAAAACCCUUUCUUUCAAUGUACAUGUUGUAGAUGGAGAUAUAAUGUCGAUAGUGCGCGAAUAUCAGAUUAAAUAUUGUUUUCAAUCAUAACAUAGUAUGCGUACGUGUGAGAUUGGUUGCUAGUCAAUGUGUCGAAUGCGUCUUUGUUUGCAAAAUAAACGCGAUAAAUUUUAUCUCAUCAUAACAAGGUAUGACAGUUCAUACCGAUAAAGAUCAUUGAACGAAAAUAGAUGAAAUUAUCGAAAGCGCCAAUUUUAAAGAGCUAAUCAAUUAAUUUCCAUUACGUAAGUGAAUGAAGUUAUCAUACGAUUUGCGGGAGUUGCGUUGAUAAUUUUACAUGAUAUCAAUCAUUCGCCGACGUAUAGAGAUCAUCGAGUAUGUAUUUGUUGUGGCGCGUGUCAUUCGUGACUGACUCGGCGACGUCGACAUCUAUAAACCCACUGCUCAUCGGAAACGUUCGGUCCAUUCAUACAUUUGUUUCGAGUUGGUAAAAAGCAGUAGCGGUUUGUCGCCGUCGCCGAUGUUCGUUAUAUAGGACGCGUGCUUGAGCGUAUUGUGUGUUUGUGUGCGUGAAUGAGUGAGAAGCGGCACGGGGUUACAUUAUUGCGAACGUCAUCCCGCGGCCAUACUGUAGCGAUCGUUGCAUACGUCACGUAGUAUCUCGUGUCUAAGCGGGACAUUAAUAUCGUUACAAUAAAAAUACGUGGGCUCAAGGAAGGGAUGUGGUCCCAUGAAGACGCGCCAUUGUCUCGCCGAGGUGUGACGUGUGCAAGGGUCUCGUGAUGGGGCAGGCGUGGCGGCGGUGGGCGGCGUCGGGCGGCGAGGUUGUUCUGUAAGUGGUUGACCGUAGUGCCAGUCGUUAGGUUCUUGCCCGUACACUGCAUACGCCCGUGCGCCGUUUAUGCUGGUAUGUUCAUUAUUAGCGCCCGGAGAGCGACAUUACUAUUGUAUCAAUACAGUUUAUGUAUCAGACUCUUAAACCUUAUUAAAUGGCGUCGUUUUGCUCACCACGUGGUUUUAUUUCGCAUCCGUCAGUCACCAUCGAUUGAUCAAUGGACAUACCAUCAUAAUAAUCUUUGGUGACUAUUACACAUUCACCGACGUCAGCGUCGCGGUGGCGUGCCGUUUGUGACGUGGCGUCGCGUCUGUUGGUACUCCUUCAGUGCUAAUUUCCAUGCGUAAUAUUUGUAAUAGUACGCGGCGUGACGUCACAGACGACACUACGAUGACAGUCGUGACCCAACACUUGUCGAGUUGAUGUACCGAUACAAAGCGAUAAACUUGAAACUUUUAAUUUGUUUGUAAGCCAAAUUUGUGUUAUCAUUUUAUGCUAAUAUUUUUACUUUACGCCUGAACAAUUAAAUAAUUUUUUACCGUCGGAUAGUUAAUUUUUUUAUGUACCACAGUGUUUUCCACGCAGACAGGUCCAUGAGUAUACAGGUGGAGUUUACACGAUAACAGAGCGAUAGAGCGAGGCAUUUAACUUUACGAGAUAACGGUAUUAUAUGUAAUGUUUAGUAUAAUUAUUAUUGUCGUUUUAUUUUUACUCUCGUGACUACUUAUUGAAAGUAUUAGGACAUAGUGUAUAACCCAGUGCAAUCUUUCCAAACAAAUGCAUGAGAAUAAUGUGCGUUUCAGUGUGUACUAUCGAAAUUAUCAGUUAUUUAAUGUCUCAGUACCUGUACGACACGACUCGUUGUUAAUUUUAGGUAAUUUUGUAAAUACCUAAAGAUGAAGGCAUUGCAUAGGUUGUUAUUUUUUAAAAUAAGUUUCUUAAUGUUUCACGUAGUUGUAAUACUCUGUACGCGGAAACAUUGAUCCGAGGUAAGUGAAAAUAUACAAACGGAGCAUUCAACAGGAUUGUUUGCAAAAUUAUUAUUUUAUACAAAUUAAUAUCUAGUAUACAUUAUAGCAUACGUAUAAGGGAGUUAUGUGAAAUUGUUAGUUUGGGAAUGUUGAAGGCGCCCCGUUCUACUUUUACCUAAAGCAUUUCUAUUUAUAGAAUUACUGGCAAAAGUAAAUGUUUAGAGUGUGUACUUGAAACUCUGUCUCUGAUCACUUUUGUCGGUGCCAUCUCGAUACGAAACCUGUACUAUCUAUGGUUGGCAUAGUUAUAAUUAUUUUAUAUGAUCAAAUAUUAUAAUGAAAACGCGUGUGUACUGUUAAUACAAAGACCCCACCAAUGACACCUGAAGCCACACGUUUGUUUCUAAUAAGUAUUAAGUAAGUUAUAGGUAAAAAAAAUAAUUAUAAUGCCCAAAAAAAAAACAAAAAAAAAAUGUAAUGAUGCCGAGCCUCGUUAGCGUGAAAUAAAUAAGGACAGUAACACGGUUGCACAAGGUUGAUUUUUCCGCUUCUGGCGUUAUUUCACCCGAUCGAUGCUCGUAUAAAAUUAAAUUAAGGCUUCCCUGGCAUACCGCAAGUCGAUCGACACCGGCGAAUGAAACGCGGAUACUGUACGCGUCGUGUUGUAUGAGCGUUCGCUGUUUUACCGCCAUUUAUGUUCGUUGUAUUCAGACAAGAAAAAAUAGCUACAUAAUGGCAAUAAUGUAAACACAAGAUGAUUUAGAUAAUUUAUUCUUGCAACUAUAUGCUACAGAUUAGAAUUAGAUAAUAAAUGAAAAUAAUUGUAAAAA